UCUUGCCUGCGUUGGUAUUUUCUUCUUUCCAAGAGUCAUUUCCCAUCUGUUCAUUCACAAUGCCUUCGCGAUCUGGAGCUCCUAGAAAUACUCUGGACGGCAAAGCUCUUCCCGAGUACUCACUUCCUCAAUCCGGUGUCUUGUCCUAUGUGCCGGCAUCUUGGGUACCUUACGGAGAGCUGAUGCGUAUCGACAAACCUGCAGGUAUUCAUCUGUUCUAUUUCCACCAUCUUUUUGGUACUUUGUACGCAAGUGUUUUAUUAAGUACCCCGCCAACGCUCCAAAACAUGUUGCGAAUCAACACUAUUCUCCUAAUGGGGACUAUAUUCAUGCGAGGAUCAGCUUGCGCAUGGAACGACACGCUGGAUUGUGAAUAUGAUCGACAGGUGCUGCGGUGUAGACUCAGACCAGUUGCUCGAGGGGCCUUGAGCGUAACCCAAGGAUACCUUUUCACUUCGUUUCUUGCACUCGUGGCACUGGGGUUUCUCUACCUGCUACCUCAAGACUGCUGGAUACUUGCGGUCCCAAAGAUGCUUCUCUUAGCACUUUAUCCCUUUGCAAAGCGUUUCACAGACUUUCCACAGCUCGUUCUAGGGUUUGAGAUGUCCACCGGUGUUUUUGUCGGGGCGGCAGCGGUGGGGUACGAUUUCCGUUCCGCCAACAGAAUCACUUGGAUCUCGCUGGGGUUAUUCUACUCCGCCCAGAUUUGUUGGACAAUCCUCUACGACACUGUUUAUGCGCAACAAGAUGUGAAGGAUGAUGCGAAUGCCGGGGUUCGAAGCAUGGCAGUGAGAUUUCAGAGCCGAUUGCGUUCGUUUUUGACUUUUAUCGCCGGCAUUCAGAUAUUCCUUCUAGGAACGGUGGGUUGGCUUCAAGGAUGGGGAGCUUGGUACCACUGUACUACCUGUGCUGGAACCGCAGCUCUACUUUUUUGGAAUGUGUACAGUGUUGACCUGCAAAGCCCAGCAGACUGUAUGUGGUGGUUUGUAUCAGGGACUAAGCUGGUUGGUAGUACGAUUUCAGUAGGGUUAGCAUUAGAGGCAUAUAUGAAGUAA